AUGAGCGCGACACCGCCGCCACCGCCACCGGCCGCAGCAGCAGUAACACGGGCAGCCAAACCCGACGUGGCUGAUGCGACCGUGGCGGGGUCGGAACGACCUCAUCUCCCGCCCCCGGCGCUGGCAGCAGACGCCACUACGGCAGCAGCUCCCGGUGUCGACACGAAGGUUGACGAUAAGGGUUUGCCGGCACACCUUGUGGUCCUCGCCCACGGACUGUCCGGUACACCCGAGGACCUAACCUAUCUCAAGCAGAGCUUGGAACGGGAGGGCGGCUCCGAGAUUCUGGUGCACUCGGCGAGGCGGAACGAGGGGAAGACCAAGGAUGGCGUCGUCGAGGGGGGUUCGCGCUUGGCGGAGGAGAUCCUCGAAGUGGUGCAAUCCACGCCGUCCCUCUCCCGCAUUAGCCUGGUGGGAAACAGCCUGGGGGGGCUGUACGUGCGGUACGCGGCGAAGCUCCUCUACCGCGAUGAGACCACCGGCGGCGACGGUGGCACCGGGGCGACGGUAGCCGGCUUGUCGCCAUCGGUCUUCAUGACGAUCGCCACGCCGCACCUGGGCGUGCGGAGGUUCACCUACGUCCCGUUGCCCUCUCCGCUGCACUCGCUCGCCGGCGUGUUUGUCGGGAAGACCGGCCACGACCUCUUCCUCAGCAGAAAGAAAGGAGGCAGCGGCGGCGGCGGCGGCGAGGCAGGGGGCGAGGCUGCCGCGACGGCGCCAGCGGCGGCGGCGAAGGACGGCCGGGAAAACUCCCUCCUCUACAACAUGGCCACGACCAAGGACUUCCUGCGGCCGCUGAAGGCCUUCCGGUGGCGGCGAGCCUACGCGAACCGCCGCGGGGACUUCAUGGUGCCGUACGGAACGGCGGCGUUCGUCGAGCCCGAUGAAGGGGACGGCUCCGACGCAUCCCCUUCAGGUCGAGACGGCGCCAAGACGGGGGAGGAGGAGGAGGAGGAGCAGGACGUGUCCGAAAGCGACGCCGUCGUCUCGAGAGGCGUGUCGUCGCCACCGGAUGGCGCCGCGGCCGCCCUUGCUGACGGAACGGAGUCGUUUACCUUCGCGGAUCGCUUGCUGGGCGCGAAGAACGCGGCGAUCGUGGGGGUAUCCCGCGUUUCCGCAGCGGGGGCGGCGGCGGCGGCGGCGGCAGCAAGGACCGACAGCGACUCAGGAGUGGGAGAUAGGGCUGGCGCUGCUAAGAAGGAGGAGGCGCUCACGAGAAAGAGCAUGGAGGAGGAGAUGGCCGCCGGGCUGAACUCGUGCGGGUGGGAGAAGGUGUCGGUGGAUUUCGGCGGCGUCGCUCCCUUCUCCCACAACAAGAUCUGCGCGCUGUCCAGGACAGCCAUCACGACCGCCUUGUACGGGUCCGGAAGGUCGGUCGUCGACCACGCCGCCGCCUUCCUGGUGAAGCGCGACCGUGAGACUAACGACGAUGACGACGACGAUCGAGGCAACCCUUCCUGA